CAAAAGACAGCCCAUUCUAUAUGAAGUGGCAACGCCACAGCAGAAGCUUCACCAAUGGCAGCAUCACCAUCAUCUAUGGCGGAAGACCAGAAGCUUCCAGAACCUUCCGACCCUCCGUCGCGGUUCGAUCCCAGUCGAAUGGUUGGUGUCAUCAAAAGGAAAGCUUUGAUCAAAGACUUGGCUGCUGUGUACCAUGCUGAAUGUCUUUCAUACUGUCAAGAGCUUUUGGAACUUCAAUCCAAAUGGGAUGAGCCAUUUAUUGAUUUAAAACCUAUAGAGGAUUCAAAAAAGGAGACAGUGCGGCCCUCUAAACGCAUCAAAAAGUUACGUUAGGUUCCUUCUGGAUUUUGUUCCAAAUGAAAGUUUCAUGUGCAUGAUUAUGUCAUAUUGGCAAUCUACAUGGUUCAGCCACUUUUGCUCUUUUUAGGUUUUCAGGUCGUUGCUCCUCUACUAAACAGAGCAAUAUGCCCCCUUCAGAGGUAUUUUUGGUUGCUGUUGGUAUACCUGUUACUGUCAAAGCAUAUGCUUAAUGAGGUAAUGCACUUUGCUUAUGCUGUGAAGUGCAUCACUGGAAGUUUCGUCCAUCAACUUACACUAAUGUCCUACUGCUCCAUAAAAUAGAUAUAUACAAUAUGUACCCUGAUGGUUGUGUAUAGAAUAACAUUCUCUUUCCCACACUCUGCUUCUGGGUAUAAUCCGUUGCAAAUAUUUAGCUUUCUUCGAAAUUGUAUCUUUUACUGUUUUGAAUUCAAUGAAACAGUUAACAUAUCUUUAUACAA